AUCGGAUGAAAAGCAUCGGCGUCCCUAGGCGUAGUCUGGUUCAGAGGAUAUUUUCUGGUUCUGUGGCAAAACCUUUAAAAAAAAAUAAAUACAUAUAUCAUUAUUAGGCAUGGCGCUCCAAGAGAAUGAGAUGCAAUAUAGCGAUGAUAUCGUGAAGAUCCUGAGAGACGGCAACGGUGGCGAUGCCGAAGUCACAAAGAGCACUAUUACUAAAAUUUUGUCACGCAUAAAGCGUUACCAGGAGCGUAUACGCAAACAUAUCGAAGACAAUUAUAUUGAAUUCAUGCCAAAUCAAACAACUUCCGACGCGUACCUCGAUGAUGGUGAGCAAUUAGUGCGUGAGUCUGAGCACUUGCUGCAGACAAUUGGCAGCGAAGCAAAUGCCGCACUGCGCCAAGCCAACUCGGAGCUGGGUGCGUGUAUAGACGAAUUCCGUGAAAUGUCGCUGGGUUUACGCGUGUCCUUCAGAAUACUCAAGGUUGACGACCUGUUUCAAUGUGUAGAGGAGGCAAAUUCGAACAAGGAGUACUUGGUGGUGCUGGAUCAUCUGGGCAAAUUAAAAAGCUUAAUAUACAGUGACGGAGGCACAGAUGUAGAUCGCGUGUUCCAAAAAUGUGAAUGCUACAAUACAAUAAAAGUAAAAUAUCACAUUCAAGCGAAUAUAUUAAAACAGAACUUGCAGCAGCGAUUCGAGUUGCUGGUGCAAUUCACUGAAAAACCUUUCUCCCAUUCGAAAUAUAUAACGCUGCAGGUAUCGAAGGAUGUUAAUCAAUUGCAAGAUACUGUGAUGGCGUUGUUCCAAGCGCGUUAUAAUCCCAUUAAGAUAUGCGAUUUUCUGCUAGAAAACUGUUUAGAGCCACUAAUUUUGAAGCCAGUUUCAUUGGACUACAGCGAAGAAAAUCCCGAACAUGUGCGAUUGACACUUUCAUACUCGUUAAAAGAAAUGAGUCGAAGCUUACGUCCUUCCUACAAGAAAGUGUUUGAAAAUAUUAAGCUGCUUUUGAAUUGUUUAGCCAACAUAAAUGUUUCAGUAUCCAAUGAUCAACAAGUAUUCUCCAUUAUCGGCGAUCAUAUAAAACAACGAUUUUUGAAUUUACUAGUGGAAGAAUGCCUGAUGCAUGCAAUACCCAAAAAUAUGAGCGAAUACGAUGAGUCAACGCUCGUAGAGGAUGUCGUUCAAUUUGAACACUUUCUAGCGGAUGCGUUUCUCAUUAACUCAGAAACCGAUAAAGCUCUUAGCGAUUUUGCCGAAAAAUUUGAAAGCUACUUCCGUGAACAAUUCAGCAAUAAACUUAUAAAAAGCGCGCUAGACAUAAUGCAUAAGGACUUGCAAGAUAUGGCAUUAAUUGCUGAAAAGAAUUCCGCGGAAGAUGUAGCUAAAAAUCCUUUUCUCUUUCCUUGCUGUAUGGUCUCGAAGAGCACACUGGAAUUAAUUAAGUUGAUGGAGCGCAUACUUCGCCAAUCACAUGAUACAGAAGAUGAAAGUCUGUUAAACGUUAUCAGCGUCAUAUUGAUAUCGUAUGUUGGCGAAGUGCCGAAGAUACAUGAGAAGCUUCUAGAAAGCAUACCACAGCAAUCUGCUCUGUUCUAUAAUAAUUGCCAAUUUUUAGCACAUUGGGUGACCACGAAUUCAGAAAAGGGCAUACCCACAUACCCAGCAUUGGUUAAGACCCUACAUAUGAGUGGAAGCAAAUAUUUGAAUGUACAAAUCAAUUAUCAGCAAAAGAUUAUCAUGGGCAUACUCAAAGAAUUUGAUAUUUCCGAUGCACACACAGUUGGCACUGCGCCGUUGAAAUUAUUGCGCCAGUGUUUACGUCAAUUAGAUUUGUUGAAAAAUGUUUGGCAGAAUGUGCUACCCGAUGCAAUUUAUAACAAGACAUUUUGCGAUAUUAUACAUGAUUUUUGUAAUGAAAUAAUACGACGUAUUCUCGCAAUGGAGGAUAUUUCGGCAACAGUGGCAAGUGAGUUGAGUGAGCUAAUCAGUGUCAUAUUGGAGAAGGUGCCAACUUUAUUCAAGCACAAACAUGAAGUGAUACAUAUUAAAUCUUGGAUGAAACUUGAGCAAUUGAAAAUGAUACUGAAUGCUUCGUUGCAAGAAAUCACCGAGCAGUGGUGUGAAGGUGCCGGUAUUUUAACGGCAAACUAUAAGGCAGAAGAAAUUAAGCAUCUCAUACGAGCACUUUUCCAAAAUACCGAUCGGCGCGCCAAGGCAUUAACAAAAAUUGUCUAA